CUCGACCUCACUCGUUCAAGACGGGUGAUUCUUUAACUUACAACUAAUACUACUGCUUUACUAUACAGUCACUCUUUAGUCUAUCUCCCUCUAGGACUGCUCCGAGCCUCGAUUCGACCCCUCAACCUUCGGAAACAACACUCGUUCCUCUCCUCUCUCCCGUUCGGACUCCCUUCGGAUUGCAGCGACGAGCUUCGGAACACACAUAGUACCCCCCAUAUUGGCAUUCGAGCGGUUCUACCUUAGGAGGCAACAUUCGAUUCGGCCUGGUAUCAUCUAGCUCUGUCUAGUACGAAGUACGGGCUACCACUGUCGACUCCCCCUCCAGCGGACCCUCUCCUGACGCCUCAUUGGGAGGUGUAGAGUACACUAACUCGGAGGAUGUCACAAGGUCUGCCUAUCAGGAACAGCUUGCAUCGGGCCGUGCUACAGACGUUCUCUUGGUGCAUCCAGUCAUGCCUCCGAAGCAGAGUGUUCCGAACGUCCGGUCUCCGUCUAUCCCUGCGUAUGGAGGGGAUGCCCAACAUUGGUCCUGUGCUUCUGUGGGAAGACGAACUAUCGCACUGAGGUGGAGGACGUCUCUCAACAUCAGCCAUCAUGCCUGAAUUGGACGCUGCGCGUGACAGCUUGCAGAAAUCAAGAAUCCGAAGCCUAUAUCCAUCCCAAUCGUACUGCGUUGUAUAAGUUUUCGCUCUUUUCUGUGUUACGUUGGACCAAGGUUGGAUCUGAGUAUGGCACUCUCUCCGACCGAAGUACACGUCGAUUCCAGCAAGCUGGACAACACCAGCGACCUCGCCAAAAUCGACUACAACGGUGCUACAGAUGUAGUCAAGCAGAAGCAGGAAACCCUCCGUGAAGCGUUCGAUGCCGACCCCGGCAUCCCUUUCUUCUCCCCCCGCGCCCUCCAAUUCGCUUACAUCGUCGCUGUCGUACUCUGCUGUUCCGGCGAUGCUGGGUACGACGGCACAGUGAUGAGCGCGAUCAGCUCGAUGGUACAGUACCAGCAGUACUUCAACUUGCAAGCGGCGAGCUCGAAGACGGGGAUCGUCUUUGGCAUCUAUACUAUUGGACAGAUCGCCAGUUUUUUAACGUGUGCGACGUUGCCGGAUUGGUUUGGUAGGCGGUGGGGGAUGUUGUUGGGGAAUUUGUGUCUUGUCACAGGCUCAGUGGUCACAGCUAACGUGAACGCGAUGCCAAUGUUCAUAGCAGGCCGUUUUCUCACUGGUCUAGGAACCUCCACAGCUGGCGUAUCCGCCCGUUCCUACCUCGCUGAGAUCACUUCGCCCGCAACGAGGGGCCGCUAUGUCGGCCUCCUGAAUUCCUUCUUCUAUGUUGGACAAAUCAUCGCUAGCGGUAUCGCGAUCCCCACUGGGAGGUACAGUGAUAACAUGCCAUGGAGGGCGCCGAUUUAUGUUCAGGGACUACCGGCAGUCAUCAACGUUGUCCUAGUCCUCGGACUUCCGGAAUCCCCUCGCUGGCUCUACACCAACGGCAAGACCCAGCAAGCAACGCAAAUCCUCGCAAAGUAUCAUUCAAAGAACAACGACAUCAACUCCCCAAUGAUCCAGCUCCAACUAGCAGAGAUCGAGGAGUCCAUCUCUCCAGAUGGGAGCGACAGGCGGUGGUGGGACUUCCGCCCGCUGUUCAAGACCCGCGCCGAUAGGUAUCGAAUCUGGCUGGUCACGCUAGUUGCGGCUGGCAGUAGCUGGGCUGGCAACGGGCUGCUAACGAACUACCUGACGAUCUUGCUUAACCAGGCGGGGAUCACGGAUCCGGACCGUCAGCGGGUGCUCAACUUCGUCAAUAGCGUUACUUCGUUCAUUGGUGCUCUGCUAGGGACGGCAUCAGUCGACUAUGUCGGGAGACGAACGAUCGUCCUAACCGCCAUCUUCGCCUGUGGCACUGGCAGGCAACGAAAUGCCAGGGUAAUCAUUGCCGGCCUUCUGUCGACCGCAGGGACCAAUGUUGCCCAGGCCAACGCGGGUAUAUCGUUCAUCUUCUUAUUUAUGGUGUUCUUCAGCUAUGGCUGGACGCCGAUGCAGGCUCUCUAUCCUGUGGAGGUAAUGAGCUACGAAGGACGUGCAAAAGGCCUUGCUUGGUAUACGCUUAUCUCACAGGGAACCAACUGUGUGAAUACAUUUGCAAUGCCCGUUGCUUUAGCCAACAUCCAGUGGAAGACAUACAUCAUAUUCGGCGUGUUUGACUUCUGUUUGCUGGGCGUCGUUUGGUACUACUUCGUGGAACCCAAGCAGCUCACACUCGAAGAGAUGGAUCAAGUGUUCGCCUCCGACAACCCGAGGCUGACAUCGCUCGAGUUGCAGAGAGUUGCCAAAGAGAGGAGACGAACGCUGAAGCUGAGGCACAUGGAGAAAGCCGCUGUGUGAACUGCUAGCCAGAUCUCUUUGCCUCGCUUAGUGUAUUGAGUGGUCGGGUCGAUGUGGUUUAACUGGUAUUUUCCGGAAUAUUCAUGUACGGUGUGAGCCGAUGAACAGAAUC